UAUUACAGUCACCUCAAUGCCACAGCCCGCGAGGUGCUCCUAUCAUACCGGUAUGAUACCGCUACCCGCGUUCUAGAGCCAAACACCAACUUGCCUCGGUCUCAAAUCUUGGCACCUACAGGGAUCCGCGAUCCCGGGCGCUGCCUCGCCCACUGUGGCUGAUCACCGCCACACUCAAUCUAAAAACCACAUUUCCACAACCUCCUUUUCCUAAGUCUCUCUCCGGCAACUUUAAAGAGUAUCCUCAAACCCUACGAUUACCUUCCUCCCCUCUCAUCUACGUUACCGUACCGUGCCAUUCACCUCCGGCAACCUUCAAGCAACAAUAGUUGGAAUGACGCCGUCAGCCUUACGGCCGAGCAUCAGCUCUCUCUUCCUGUUAACUAUCUCUCUCUUCUCGAUCGUCUCCACCGCUCUAAAGUUCGACAUUGCCGCGCAGCAAAGGGGUCAUCGCCAGCGGUGUAUUCGAAACUUUGUUGCGAAGGAUACUCUUGUUGUUGUAACGGCUACGGUUAGCGGGGUUAAAGGCGAUGGGCAGCAGGUUAACAUUCACGUACGAACUUAUCUACUCUUCCCUCCGGAUCGGUCUAUCGGCUGUGAAACUAAUGUGUAUUGAAUAGAUUCGAGAUGCGGUUGGGAAUGAGUAUGGACGGCCAAAGGAUGUAGUCGGUGAAGCCAGGAUGGCAUUUACUCCUCACGCAGAUUCAGCUUUUGAUGUUUGCUUCGAGAAUAACAUUGCAGAUGGUAGGUUUCCUCCUUUUCCUCUAGAUUUUUUCACUUUCGGUUUUGUGGAUGGGACUGAUAAAAUUAUAGGCCGUCAUGCUGGCCUUACUCGCUCUGUGGAACUUGACGUGGAUAUUGGUGCCGAUGCCCGUGACUGGUCUGCCAUCCAAGCUGCGGAGAAAUUGAAGCCGGUUGAGAUUGAACUACGACGCAUCGAGGAGGUUGUCUCAGAAAUCGUCAAUCAGAUGGAAUACUUAAGGACUAGGGAACAGAAGCUUAGAGACACCAACGAGUCUACAAAUGAGAGGGUCAAGUACUUUGCUUUGGCUAUUAUGGCAACACUAGUUGGGCUUGGUGGCUGGCAAGUUGUUUAUCUGAGGGCUUAUUUCAGGUUAGUCUUAUUCCGCCCCACUCUCCCGGGAGGUUGUCUGGUUCUCCCCUUGGAAAACGCUAACAUACCUCCCAACAGAUCGAAACACCUUAUCUAGGUAGCGCGUCUCUCACGAAACAAUUUACUUGUCUUAUCACUGGGUUGGUACCUCUUCGUAUGCUGGAAUUGUGCCAUUUUUGUCUGGAUCCUAUUUAUUUUAGUUGUAACUUUUCCCCCUUCUAUUAAAAAAAUGUGCUGUGGUUUGGGAUUGGAUGGUGUUAACAUAAAAUUGGGAACCGUAUGGUUACUCUUGUUUGGUCGGCCAAUUCAUGAUAACGAUGGGUGAUUUUCUGGAAUGCUGGUUGGGCCGGCAGGUCUGGAUUGGAUAAGAAUGUGAAAUGUGUGGACUUGGGAAUUUGGAAUUGA